GAGAAAAUCACAACAUCUCUUCAACCAUCACAAGCAAGUCCAAGUCGUGAAAAAAAAUAGUCUCUCCUUCAUCAUGCGUACCCUGAUAGUUUUAUUGGUCGCCGCCGUGUUGCUCUGCCAGACAAACGCUUUCCUUGAAGAGAUGCUCAAUGAGUACAGGAGCGACGAAAUCCAGCAGCGAGGCUGUGCGGAUAAAUACAAAUCAAACAUCUGCGGAAACGUGAUCACUGCUGCUCACUGCGUGCGAAGAAGUGGUCGCAUGGCAAAGUUUGCCAAGGCCAACUGCGCGCACUUCUGUGGUCUUUGCUGAGUUGAAACAGUGACAGGACGGAUGAAUGGAAAAUGAUCCUUGAGUUUAAUUGGACAAGUUUAGUUAUAGUAGCUACUAGCCGGGCUGUGCCCGUUAUCAAGAUGCAUGCACACGUGAAUGUAGUUGUCUGUUGAUUGAUUUGACGAAUAAACUUUGAUCAUUGA